GAGAUAUGACGUCACGGCGAAGACCCGCAGCUCGUCCACCGGCAAAAUGGCGUUGGUCAAGGCCUGCACGCGCUCCGCUCUCCUCCAUUCCCUUCGAAAUGUUGGGACAAGAGCCCUUGGCACAUCUGCUCCCCAGCUGGCUGUGGCCAAGACAAAAUCAUCGCUUGCAAAACCUGGGAUGAAGAACAUUGUGCUGGUGGAUGGAGUGCGCACGCCUUUCCUCAUGUCUGGCACCCAGUAUAACAAGCUGAUGCCACACGAUCUUGCACGACAGGCCCUCAAAGGAUUGGUGACUCGCACUGGCCUUGAAAAGACAGCAGUGGACUACAUCACAAUGGGCACGGUCAUUCAGGAAGUCAAGACCUCCAACGUUGCCAGAGAAGCUGCUCUUGGGGCUGGGUUUUCCGACAGGAUUCCUGCACACACCGUCACCAUGGCAUGCAUCUCUUCUAAUCAAGCUCUUACUACUUGCGCCGGAUUCAUGCAUGCUGGUGUGUAUGAUGUUUGCAUUGCUGGAGGAGUGGAGUUCAUGUCAGACGUGCCCAUCCGUCAUUCAAGGAAGAUGCGAGGUCUUAUGCUAAAGCUGAACAGGGCUAAGACAAUGGGUGCACGUCUAAGUUUGGCUUCCCAGCUGUCUCUGAAGCAUUUUAUUCCUGAGUUGCCUGCUGUGGCUGAAUUUUCAACCAACGAAACCAUGGGUCAUUCUGCAGAUCGUUUGGCUGCUGCUUUUGAGGUGUCCCGAGAAGAGCAAGAUGAAUUUUCCCUCCGCUCGCACACCCUUGCCCACAAAGCUCAGCAAGCUGGACACCUGUCUGACUUGGUGCCAUUCAAGGUGCCAGGAGUGGAUCAGAUUGUGGAUAAAGACAAUGGCAUCAGGGUUUCUACUCCAGAACAAAUGGCAAAACUCCGACCUGCAUUUGUCAAGCCUCAUGGCACUAUUACUGCAGCAAAUGCAUCAUACCUGACUGAUGGAGCCUCUGCUGCCUUGAUCUGUACAGAGGAGAAGGCUAAGGAGAUGGGAUGGAAGCCAAAGGCCUACCUUCGUGACUUCACCUAUGUAUCUCAGGACCCCAAAGAUCAGCUCCUGCUUGGACCCACCUACGCCACACCAAAGGUUCUUGAGAUGGCUGGCCUGAAACCAUCUGACAUUGAUGUAUGGGAAAUCCACGAAGCCUUUGCUGGACAGAUCUUGGCUAACAUGAAGGCCAUGGACUCUGACUGGUUUGCCAAGACCUACCAGGGACGCUCGGAAAAGGUGGGGGCUCCUGACAUGAGCAAGUUGAACAACUGGGGUGGCUCACUGUCUAUUGGACAUCCAUUUGGUGCCACAGGCGUUCGUCUCCUGAUGCAUGCUGCUAACCGCCUUGUGAAGGAAGAUGGCCAGUUUGCCUGCAUCACUGCCUGUGCUGCUGGUGGUCAGGGUGUUGGUAUGCUGGUGGAGCGUUAUCCAAAUGCAACUGUGUAAAGCAACUAAGAAAUAGUCCACUUCCCACCCAGUGAUACAUGUUGCUGUGGAUUGCUGUGCAACUUCUUGUGGGAAAUGACUGAUCUAAAUAUAUUUUUUGUAUUAGUCUUCUAUUCCUGAACGGAGAACCUGCAACGAUCAAUGCAAAUCUAUAUAGUUCUAAGCCUUCUCUGUAAUGUAUUAGCAUCCAGCAUGAAUAUUUAUAUACUUUUUAAAAGAAUUAUAUUAUUUUUCAGGUGUAAAUUCUGUAUUAUAAUAAUCAAUAAAUUGUUACUAUA